AUGUGUGGAACCACCAGUUUUCUCCAUGUGUGCAGGUUAAUCCUUGUUAAUGCUAAGAAUACUGGGUUUCUACAGAAAGGGCUGCGUGUCCACACAUGCUGCAGCACCUACCCACAAACAUCUGAAUGGCAUGACUGUGCAUCUCAGAUGGCCUGUGGUGUUUGCCUCUGCACUUCAGUGGAAUGGAACAAAGCGAUUCCUGAAAAUGGUCUCAUAAAGUUCCACCAGGUGAGAAGAGUGAUGACCAUCCUUUUCCUUACUAUGGUUAUUUCAUACUUCGGUUGCAUGAAGGCUGCCCCCAUGAAAGAAGCCAACCUCCGAGGACAAGGCGGCUUGGCCUAUCCGGGUGUGCGGACCCAUGGGACUCUGGAGAGCGUGAAUGGGCCCCAGGCAGGUUCACGCGGCCUGACGUCACUGGCUGACACCUUCGAACACGUCAUCGAAGAGCUGUUGGAUGAGGACCAGAAAAUCCCACCCAAGGAAGAGAACAGCAAGGACGCGGACUUGUACACUUCCAGGGUGAUGCUCAGUAGUCAAGUGCCUUUGGAGCCUCCUCUUCUCUUUCUGCUUGAGGAAUACAAAAAUUACCUGGAUGCUGCAAAUAUGUCCAUGCGGGUCCGGCGCCACUCCGACCCUGCCCGCCGUGGGGAGCUGAGCGUGUGUGACAGUAUCAGCGAGUGGGUGACCGCGGCGGACAAAAAGACUGCAGUGGACAUGUCGGGUGGGACUGUCACGGUCCUGGAGAAGGUCCCCGUAUCCAAAGGCCAACUGAAGCAAUACUUCUACGAGACCAAGUGCAAUCCCAUGGGCUACACGAAAGAAGGCUGCAGGGGCAUAGACAAAAGGCACUGGAACUCUCAGUGCCGAACUACCCAAUCCUACGUGCGGGCCCUCACCAUGGAUAGCAAAAAGCGGAUUGGCUGGCGGUUCAUAAGGAUAGACACUUCCUGUGUAUGUACAUUGACCAUUAAAAGGGGAAGAUAGUGGAUUUAUGUUGUAUAGAUUAUAUUGAGACGGAAAUUAUCUAUUUGUAUAUAUACAUAACAGGGUAAAUUAUUCAGUUAAGAAAAAAUUAAUUUUAUGAACUGCAUGUAUAAAUGAAGUUUAUACACUACAGUGGUUCGACAACCUAUUUAUUGGACCUAUCCAUGACCAGAACGUAAACAGUCAUCUGCGCACAACUUUAAAAAAAAAAAAAUCUGCAUUACAUUCCUCGAUAAUGUUGUGGUUUGUUGCCAAGAAUUGAAAACUUUAAAAAAAAAAGUCUAAAAAAAUGAUAAUAAUAAAUUGCAUGCUGCUUUAAUUGUGAAUUGAUAAUAAACUGUCCUCUUUCAGAAAACAGA